CUGAAGGUAGAAGGCCCGAACCACGCAUCCCUCACGACACCACGAUGGCAGCUUCAAGAUCGAUAUGUCGUUUAGCGUCACCUCGGAUAGCUUUGGCUCCACGUCUGCUGCGCCCAGUGGUUUUCGACAGCGCAGUCGCUCCCUCGCGCAAGAGCACUUCCACACCGCCGUUGGAAAGAGCAUCGCGGGCGCAUUCGUCAAGUCGGCAAUGUCUAUAUACCAACACUUGGCGAGUAGGGCCAGCGCAGCAGCCGCAGAGCAUCACAUCGAUUCUGUCAAGUCGCCGGCAGUUCAGUGCAACACGGGCGCAACAAAAGGACCAUCACUUUGACACGCUCAAGUUCGUGCAGCGAUUGAAGGAUGAGGGUUUCACCGAGGAACAAGCGGUGGCUAUGAUGAGGGUGCUCAGUGACGUGAUAGAGGAGAGCAUCCAAAACCUCACUCGUACCAUGGUGCUUCGCGAAGAGCAGGAGAAGGCGACGUACAACCAGAGAGUCGAUUUCGCGAAACUACGCUCCGAACUGCAAACCGCCGACUCUACCGAAUCGUCCCUGACCCGCGUUUCGCAUGAGCGCCUGACAAAUGAGCUGGCGAAGUUGAACUCUAGACUUCGCGAUGAAGUGCAACGAACACAGGCAUCGGUACGACUAGAUCUCAACCUCGAGAAAGGCCGCAUACGCGAGGAAGCCAACGUUCAGGAACUCAAGCUCAAGGAGACGGAGACGCGGAUAGAGCAGGAAACAGCGCAGCUGCGCGAGAGACUGGAGACUGUCAAGUUCCAGACGCUGCAGUGGCUGGUGGGCGUGUGCACUGGUGCUGCGGCUCUUAUGCUCGGUGUCUGGCGUAUCCUCAUGUGAGGCACACGGCGCCGCACAUUUCUUCCAGAAGACGUCGGCAUGAAGGAACCAUUCUAUUUGUACAACAGACUGACAAGACGAAUCAUGGGAGGAUACGGCCGAUCGAGCGAUUUUUGCAGCAUCCCGGUAGGGCGUACUGCAUCAUGAUGGUGGUACAGCAUGCACAGCCAUGAGCGCUGGCAGCACAGCAGGAUUGAUUUGCGGCGGAAGCGACAUGUCACGAUAACCGCCGCUGCGAUGCAGCAGGC